AUGGAGCAUCUUCACCAACUUUCUGUACCUGCUGUAGACCUUGAUUUAGAAUAUCACUAUAAACAUUUUGAAGAACUUCUUGUCAAGGUGAAGCAUCUAGAAUAUCUGUCAGCUGUAACGCUAGUCCAGCAAAUGAAAAAAAGAGACUUCCCAGGCCGCAAUCCAGACUGAUUCCAUACCGGAGGCCACGCAAGACAGUUCCAGGAUGCAGUUGGUUUCACAAUAUGAACAAGCCAUGGAAGAGGUCCAUAUUCUGAAACGUCUCUACAACACAUUGCAGAACCCAAAAUCUAAACUAGGGUCCACCCCAGCAAAAAAGGCAGAAGUCCGGAGUAUAAGUGAGGUGGACAAAAUGGCAAUCCAGGUUGAUAGAGUGUUCCGCCUGCUUGACGCUUGCUGUACUGAGCGGGAUCAUUAUAAGUCUGAGGUUGAGCAGCUAAACCAACAGAAUUCACAGCUGGAUUCUGAAAAUAGCCAACUUAGGACUGAAGUGGUGAAGCUAAGAAGGGUGACUGAGAAAACAACCUCAACCAAUACAUCAACUGAUAAAAGCACAAAGUUCCGAAACCUCAGAAUUAAUUUGACCCGCUUACUG